AUUCACUCCCAAUUGCACCGCCCACAAUCUCAAAAACUGCAUUUCCAAUUUCCUACCAUUCCCGCCUACUUACUCUCACUCCUAUAUAAUUUCCCCAUUACACUUCUUCCAAAUCCACCACAACCAAUUCAUUUCCAGAUCCACAGUUUCUUUCUUCAGGUAAAUUCCACACAACAAUCAAAAUGGCCCGUACCAAGCAAACUGCCCGCAAAUCCACAGGUGGAAAGGCUCCAAGGAAGCAGCUAGCCACCAAGGCUGCUAGAAAGUCAGCUCCGGCUACUGGAGGAGUGAAGAAGCCUCACCGUUUCAGGCCAGGAACUGUGGCUCUCAGAGAAAUCAGGAAGUACCAGAAGUCUACCGAGUUGUUGAUCAGGAAGCUCCCGUUUCAGAGGCUUGUGAGGGAAAUUGCACAGGAUUUCAAGACAGAUCUGAGGUUCCAGAGCAGUGCUGUUGCUGCUCUACAAGAGGCUGCUGAGGCAUACCUCGUUGGACUCUUUGAAGACACCAAUCUCUGUGCAAUUCAUGCUAAGAGGGUUACCAUCAUGCCAAAGGAUAUCCAGCUUGCUAGGAGGAUUCGUGGAGAGAGGGCUUAGGAUGAGGCUUUUUUAUAGUUAUGGUUAAUUUUGUGUUUUGUGUUAGGGCUUUGUUUUGAUCUUGUGUUGAAUGGUAGUGUUGGUGAUGUAAAUCGAAUGACUUGUUUCAAUCCAAGUACAAGUAAACCUCUGGUUUGGUACUAUUUUGAAGUCGUCUUAUUAAUGAAUUGUGUAGUUCCAUUUCGUUUCAA